CACGUGGUUGGAUGCAAACGGUCGCCCUCAUCGUCGCCGUCACCGUUCUCGACGUUCACCACGACGUGCUCCCGGCCUCGCCAGCGCCGACCCCAUUCGCCUCGGCGCUUUUUGUGCUCGCCCUCAUCCUCGCAUGAAGGCCCAGUCCCGCAGCUACUGCCUGUAUAUCCCCCACGCUCGUUAAUUCACCAUACACAAUGCCCGCGUACAGACGACUGAAGCGCCAGGGCAAUGUCACAGGCCUUUCGGACGAUAGUGUAACCCUUUCGAACACUGCAGGCACUGCGCAGACGGCAACUGCCAUCGCUUUCGAUACGGAUGGAGGCGACGACUCCGCUAGCUACACAGGGCCCGUCCCAGGCCUCGCAGGCACUCAGUCCGUGGUAGUCACCGAUGCGGAGACCACCCCCACUGCAUCACCGUCGUCCACGUCCGCCUCCGCAACGGCCACGCCCGAAUCGUCCUCCAACGCGUCCUCGGGCGAUCUCCCUUUGGGCACGGUCAUCGGUGCCUGCGUUGGCGCCUUCGCUGGUGCAGCGCUGAUUGUGCUCUUCGGAAUCUGGCUGUAUAACCGCGCCACGCCCCGUAGACGCGGCGGCGAUCGGUCGAUAUCCGCCCUCUCCAACCGGCGCGGCGACCGCGCGCGCUCGCAGUCUGGCGCGGAGUUCUGGAAUAAGCUCGGCGACGGGCGCGACCGCGAGAGCGGCAGCGACCACUGGACGGACCCGGAGACGAAGCAGGUGGAGGGCGGGGUCACGCGGAUGGAGAACAUGUUCAAAAAGUCGCCCAGCAUUCGCACCGCGUACACGCACACCACGGAGAAGUCCUUCGAGGAACCUCUCCCGUCGUCCUUCGGCGUGUACCACCCGAAUCUGGCCCGCGAGCUUGCUGGUGCCGGUCCCGACGAGCCUGAACCGCCGCGUCCCUUCCUGCACCGUAUUGAGACCACACCGGCCUUCGCAUGGCAUGACAGCGCGACAGGUUCGCUUGCCAGUCUCAAGUCAAGCAAUGCGGAGGGCCGCAUGUCUCCCUCGCUCUCAGUAGCCAUACCAACGCCGCCUGCCCAAGCGUCGCCCUUGCACCAGUGGGAGACCGCUGAGGUCCUCAACUUCGACCCCAGCUCUGACGCGGACCCGCGGAAUCCUUUCUCGCCGCCGACUUCCCACGCUGCGCUUCCGGAUGAACCCACCACACCAUUGAGUAACCGGCGAAGCAUUGGGAACCCCUUCUUCAAGAGCCAGGAGGGCACAUACCGCAGACGAUCAUCCUCGACCUUGACCCCCAAGAAGGACAAAGGGAAGGGGCGCUCGAUACCAUCCGUUGUGGAACCACCGGCGGAUGCAGAAGAUCCGUUCCAGGACGCGAACCCCUUCAGCGACCCAGUCACGCGACAUGCGUCCGCCAUGACUGCCACCACGGCGGCGACGCAUGAUUCAGUCGUCACCAACGACCGCGCGCUCCAGAACCUCAUCGCUGUCCUCGACACCGGCGCCCACAAUUCGCUAUCGCCGCCGCGCCAUGACUCCUACAUGACCGUAUCGAGUGCGUACUCGGACGCGUCCGAAGUGAUGGGUACCCCGCCGCACUCGCCCAGCCCCAACGCACGCUAGUUUCUUAGACACGCCCGAUACUCGUUCGUUCGGCGCGCGCGCUAGGCGUUCCCCGAACUCCAUCCUUCGCCUCGCUGCUCUACCGACUGCCCUGUCCGCCCUACCCUGCUCUCCUCAUCAACCUACCUGCGCAGACCACAGUGUUUAAUCAACCCGCCCA